AUGCCGGAAUGACUUCGAGAGUUUUGUGAGUGCGCAAUGCGGGGAUGGGAGACUGGGCGAUGACAAAUUUGCGUGUGAGCGAUUCUUCAAGUGUGGUCCAUUUAGCUCUGAUGCUGACUCGGUGUUGAACAGUGGGAACAGUGUAUUUCCUGUGCGACGGAAGCGUGUUAUCAAUCGGCCCAACUAUGGGCACGCCGGACUGAUAUGAGGAGGAACGCCGAUUCAUGAAGAACGAUGCCGUAUGAUCAAGCCCUAUGGAACGCGAUGGGACUUUCCGAUAGGGUUUCAUCUCGUGGCAUGCUCUCUCCGGGAUAGACUUCUGUUCGGUGUUGUAUGUUUUCUCUCGAGUAUUAGGUCUAGAUCAGGGAACAACUGCUCGCUUACAUCAUAUGAUAAUUUCUUGGUGUGGUGUUUCAAUAGACGGAAAUCAAGAGGUCUUUCCCAAGAUAACGGCACAUCUUGGGGAUCCAUGCUCCAGAAAUGUAUUACUUUGGUGCAGUCUGC